AUGAAGCGUGGAGCAAUCGACUCGUUCUUCACGCGCCCGUCGCCCAAGAAACCAAAGUAUGAAGUCAGUAAGGCCAAGUCGAGUCAUGCUUCCUAUCCCUUUGCGAUUCCACACCUACCGGAGGACUUUGCAGAACAGCUGGGUUUCGCGCCUGCCGAGGAGGGCAAAAUCAUGAACGACCAACUUGACCUGGAUCUCAUCUACUACCAACCAUACAUCCCUUCCUCGAUUGCUAGUGGCGUGUUUGAGUUUCUCCGGCAAGAGCUGCCCUUUUACCGCGUCAUCUACAACAUUACGCGCGGAGGAGUGCAGACACAAAUCAACACUCCUAGAUACACUACCGUGUUCGGUGUUGACGAUACAUCUCGCUUUUCUCCCGACGGAAAGAUUAUAGAUGCCAAGACAAGCAAGCCGGUGGAGAAGACCAGAUAUAAAUGCGCACCAAGACCUAUUCCGCAAUGUCUCGACGAGCUGAGAAAAGUGACCGAAGGAACAACAGGGGAGACGUUCAACUUCUGUCUCGUCAACUACUACGCCGAUGGCAAGGACAGCAUAUCCUACCAUUCAGACGACGAACGGUUUCUCGGCCCCAACCCAGCCAUUGCGUCCUUCAGCCUCGGUGCAAAGCGCGAUUUCCUCAUGAAGCACAAACCCAUGCCGCCGAAGGAUGGUGAGAAGAUUGAAGAGCCCAAGGGACUGAAGUUGCCGCUGGGCUCCGGGGAUAUGAUCCUAAUGCGUGGUACGACGCAGGCGAAUUGGCUGCAUAGUAUACCAAAGCGUGCGGGGCCGGAGGCUGGCAAGGGGAGGAUCAAUAUUACGUUUAGAAAAGCGAUGGUGAAAGGGGGAACGGAGAAUUACUAUCAGUACAAUGUUGGGUCUGGUGGGGUGUAUAGAUGGGAUGCGAAGGCUGAGAAGAUGGUGCAGCAGGAGAUUGAGAAAGGAAACGAUGAAUGA